GCCGGUCAUUUUGCGACUGUUCUUCUUCGACAGAAUUUCCUCCUUACCUGUAAUCUCCAUAAUUAUGAAUUAGAGAAAAAAAACUACAUGUGGCGGCGAGGGUGACCGGCAUCGUUAUUAUUGUUAUUUAAAAAAAGUAGCAACGAAUAUAAAUGUUAUCCUUAAAUUCAUCUCUUGAGCGCUAAGCUUCCGUUGUUUUUUAUUGGGUUAUUAUUUUAUUUGAGUUGUUCACGUCACGUUCGAAAAACUGCAAUCAAAAUGACAAGCAAACCUAAUUCUAAGCGCACAAUUUAUGUCGGUGGCUUGUCUGAAGAAGUAAACGAGAAAAUUCUUAACGCUGCGUUUGUGCCCUUUGGAGAACUUGUUGAUGUUCAAAUACCCCUGGACUAUGAAACUGAGAAGCACAGAGGAUUUGCUUUCAUUGAAUUUGAGAAUGCUGAGGAUGCUUUGGCUGCCAUAGAUAACAUGAAUGAUUCAGAGCUGUUCGGACGCACAGUCCGAGUAAACAUAGCUGCACCACAACGCAUAAAAGAAGGCUCAACUCGGCCUGUCUGGUCAGAAGAUUCAUGGCUCCAAAAACAUGCUGGAGAAACGUUGCCUUUAGCCAAGGAUGGCUCUGAAGAUGAACAGAAACAGGUGUCUGAUGCAUCUCAGACUAACAUGAUUCCUGCUAAACCUGCAGAGAAACGUAAUCCUCAAGUGUACUUUGACAUAAGCGUGUCAAAGCAGGAGCUUGGACGGAUAAUUAUUAUGUUACGAGCUGAUGUUGUGCCCAAAACUGCUGAGAACUUUAGAGCUUUGUGUACGCAUGAGAAAGGAUUUGGGUACCAAGGAAGCAGUUUCCACCGAAUAAUACCCGAUUUUAUGUGUCAAGGUGGAGAUUUCACGAAUCACAAUGGUACUGGAGGAAAAUCUAUUUAUGGGCGAAAAUUUGAUGACGAAAACUUUACACUCAAGCACUCCGGACCUGGCGUGCUUAGUAUGGCUAACUCUGGUCCAAACUCUAAUGGAUCUCAGUUCUUUCUCUGCACUGCAAAAACUGAUUGGCUGGAUGGAAAGCAUGUAGUGUUUGGGCACGUCAUAUCCGGAUUGGAUGUAUUGAAGAAAAUAGAAAGAUAUGGCAGUAAAAGUGGGACAGUUUCUGCCAAAGUUAUAAUAAGCAAUUGUGGCGAAUUACAAUAAUUAAUCAUA